CCCAAAUCACAAUUCACAGCAACGCCGCUAUAUCUCCAAUGCAGUCGCUGGCGAGCCGCGAGGUCUUAUUCUAGCCGCCAACCGCCGCGGCUUACUUCUUCCGCCCCGCAAAUCUUGAAAACUUGUUAUAAUUUAUUGCCUUUGUCUGUGACAAAAGCUCGAACACAUGCCUUCAAUGGCGAAUCCUGUGAAUGCCCCACCUAAAAAUCACCAGAAUCAACUAAAUAACAGGAAAGGAGGCGACUUACUCAGGCGGCAAAACAUUGAAAAACAAAGAAAAUCUUUACCAAUUGCUACCGUUGAAAAGCGGCUUGUUGAGGAGGUACACAACAAUGACACAUUAAUAAUUGUUGGAGAGACUGGUAGUGGAAAGACGACACGUAAGUUUUCAUGCUCGGGGAUGGAAGAAAAGGCUUGAGUUACCCCAGUACCUUUAUCAUGGAGGAUUUUGUAAUGAUGGUCGAAUUAUUGGGGUCACUCAACCCAGACGUGUUGCAGCCAUAACUGUUGCAAAACGAGUUGCUGAGGAAUCUGGUGUUGAAUUGGGUCAAAGGGUUGGAUAUGCCAUUAGAUUUGAGGAUGUGACUUCCAACUUAACAAAGAUCAAGUACAUGACAGAUGGUUUGCUUCUUAGGGAAGCAUUAUUGGAUCCAUACCUCUCCAAGUAUUCUGUUAUUAUUGUUGAUGAGGCUCAUGAGAGAACAGUCCACACUGAUGUGUUACUUGGCUUGUUGAAGAAUGUACAGAAAGCAAGGUCAAAAAAUGUCGGUGGAGGGGUAAAUAUUGAUAGUAUGAAGACUAAGAAUGAGCUGUUGGAGGAUAAAAAGGAGGCUAAUUCUGAUGGUAUCUUCAAAAAGUUUCAUGCCAAAAAGUACACCCCGCUGAAAUUGGUAAUCAUGUCUGCUAGUCUGGAUGCACGUGUCUUUUCUGAGUACUUUGGUGGUGCUAGAGCAGUUCAUGUUCAGGGGCGACAAUAUCCUGUAGAUAUAUUUUACACCCUUAAGCCCGAGACAGAUUACAUAGAUGCAGCAUUGAUUACUAUUUUUCAGAUACACAUGGAGGAGGGCCCUGGUGAUAUACUGGUUUUCCUUACUGGCCAAGAAGAGAUUGAAUCCGCUGAGAGGCUUGUUCAUGACCACCUUCAACAUUUACCUGAAGGCAAUAGGAAGCUCUUAACCUUUCCCAUAUUUUCAUCUCUUCCCUCUGAGAAACAAAUGAAAGUUUUUAUGCCUGCACCAGCUGGAUAUCGUAAGGUAAUACUGGCAACUAAUAUUGCUGAGACAUCAGUGACAAUACCUGGAAUCAAGUAUGUUAUUGAUCCUGGGUUGGUGAAAGCACGUACCUAUGAUGCUGACAUGGGAAUUGACUCACUGAUCGUUGUGAAGACAUCCAAAGCGCAAGCACUGCAGAGGAGUGGUCGUGCUGGCCGUGAAGGACCUGGCAAAUGCUACCGCCUUUAUCCCGAAAAUGAGUUUGAGAAACUUGAUGAUUCUACAAUUCCAGAAAUCAAGAGAUGCAAUCUCUCAAAUGUUGUGUUGCAGCUCAAGGCUCUGGGGAUUGACAAUAUUGUUGACUUUGAUUUCAUUGAGAAACCAAAGAGGAUUGCAUUGGUCAAAUCAAUGGAGACUCUCUUUCUGUUGGGUGCUAUAACAGAAAAUAAUGAACUGUCUGAUCCCACUGGGCAUCAAAUGGCCAGGUUGCCGCUAGAACCCAUGCAUUCAAAGGCUCUCAUUCUUGCCGGUGAGUUUGGCUGCCUGGAAGAGAUGCUAAUAUCUGUUGCAAUGCUCUCUGUGGAAUCCAUCUUUUAUGCUCCCCGCGAAAAGUUGGAAGAGUCUCGGAAUGCAUUGAAAAGCUUUGCCAGUCUUGAAGGAGAUCAUUUGACUUUGCUUAAUGUAUAUCGUGCUUCUAACGAGUUCUUUGAGAAGAGCAAGAUCACAAAUGGCGAACUGAAAGCUGAAAAGAAUCUCAGAAAGUGGUGCAAGGAUAAUUUCAUCAACAGCCGCUCCCUAAGACAUGCACGUGACGUUCACAGUCAAAUUCGCAGGAACGUUGAACAGAUGGGUCUUCGGAUCUCCUCCUGUGGAGAUGACAUGCUUAUCUUCCGUCGGUGCUUGGCUGCUUCAUUUUUCCUUAACGCAGCUCUAAAGCAGCCCGAUGGUACAUACAGGGUUUUAUCAAGUGGUUCAACAGUUCAAAUCCACCCCUCUUCUGUGCUGUUUCGAGCAAAACCCGAGUGCAUAGUAUUUAAUGAAUUAGUGCAGACUAACUACACGUAUGUUCGCAACAUCUCUAGAAUUGAUUAUUUGUGGUUAGCCGAGCUCGCUCCUCAUUUCUAUGCCUUGCAAGACUGAUCUAUUGAUAUUUAGUUCUUAGCAUUCUUUGUGUGUUUCUGGGAAAAAUGUAAAAUGGUAGGAGGGGGGAUCAUUUGUACAAUGUUGUUUUAGAGGGAAAACAAUUGAACCCAAAUCUGGGGGUGGCCACACUUUUGUUGUAUACUUGACAUAUAUUUAGUAGAACAAGAAUGAAUUUUUAUGUGAUGCACACAAUUAAGAUA